AUGUUAAACGCGUCGGCGAAUGCCUCGAGCUGUCAGCCUCAGAAGAUUAACAUUUUCAUCCCAAUCUUCUUGAGUCUCGUUUUCUUCAUCGGUUUCCUUCUGAACUGCAUCAGUUUGUGGAUCUUCUGGUUCCGGAUCAGUCAAUGGAAUUCAUCGAUGAUCCUUCAAUUCAACUUGGCCAUCUCUGACGCCAUCAUCACACCAGCCGCUCCUCUGAUCGUUAUUUAUUCCCUGACCGACGACUGGACCUUCGGCACCUUCCUCUGCCAGCUUAAAGUCUUCCUGCUGAGUACUCACAUGUACGGCAGCAUCUACUUCCUCACCUUGAUCGGCCUUCACAGAUACUUCACCAUCGUUCACGGCUCUAGAGGGACGGUUUUGACCAAGAAGCCGUUCAUCACCAAACUUUGCCUUAUCGUCUGGGGAUGUCUCUGUUUCCAAGGAAUUCCAUUCUUCUUCAUUAUGAGAACUUCUGAUAUUCACGGAGCCACAAAGUGUCUCAGUUUCCACCAAACUGACCUGGCGGUCUUGUUCUUUAUCUGGAACUGGGUGAUAAUCUUUUCUGGACUUCUCGUUCCUUUCGCGAUUACCAUCGUUUGUUACAGCCUCCUGAGUAGAUACAUCCUCAAAGUAAAUCCCAUGAAUUGUGUCAGCCAAGUUAUGCUGACCAAAUCUUUACGGACCAUCGGCGUCUCGCUGGCGAUAUUUAUUAUUUGUUACGUGCCGGUGCAUGUCACCAGAACAUUGGGGGUCACCAUCAAGCUGUUCUUCCCGGCAUUGUGCUCGUUGCUGGAAAGCGUUGAGGUCGCCUAUUACAUCACCUGGAUGUUAUCGGGAACAAACUGUUGCAUGGACCCCAUACUGUACUGCUUCGCUUCUGAGAAGUUUAGGAAAACCUUUACGUCGUGGUUCGGCUUUCUGCAGAGACUUAGAAAAGGCCAAGGUGGGAGCCCGCCGGCGGGGGGUCAAAGUACACAGGGAGGGUCGGCAUCAGAAGACCCUCACAGCGGACCUCUCCCUACAACGAGCACCAGAAAUGUGGACUUGUCUCAGGAGAGUGUGAGUAACACCAACGUGUGUUGAGAACACAUAAGAAACACGACAAUAAAUCCAUCGUCUCUGCAAGCUGCGCUCCUUCUAGAAGCAUCCGGGGAAACGCGGGGCCUUUUAACCCCCAACGUUUCUGCAUUUCUCCGGUCAUAAGACGAUCUCUCUCACACUUCUCAGCAUUAAAUUCAUCUAUUUUUUUUUAAUGAAAAGUUUGUAAAAUUGUGUCUUUUAUAUUGUAUCCAUUUUUGAAUAA